CCUCGGUCUCCCUCUCUCCUUCUUUCUCUUUCACUUUUGCUUGCCCUGCAACCUUUUAAAAUGUUGCCCCUUCCCUGUGAUUCGCCAGCCGCCGCGCCGCGGCCCCCCGCGCGCUCGCCCGCUCGCUCUCUCGCCCGCUUUUUGUCUCUCGCGCUCCCUCUCCCCUCCUCCGAUUUGCUACACUGAGGCUCCCGUCAAUGGACUGCAUUGAGAGCCGGCUCCGGCGCGAGUUGCCUCUCCGCUUCACGCUCGAUUUCCAGGCAUUCUUCCCUUAUUAAGUAUUCGUGUAAUAUUAAUAGUCAUGAAUAUCUGCUAUUAGCAGGCUCCAGGAACGCUGCCCAGCGCGGUUAUUAGAAGCUCAAGCGAAGCCGCCGCUAAGAAAAGAGGGGGAGACACGGAUUAAGGAACACGCGCGCGCGCGCGCGCACACACACAGACACACACACACAGACACACACACACGCUUCUUGCUUUUUGCCUUUUUGGGGUUUUUCAUUUUUUAAGGAACUUUGAAUCCUAUCUGCUCACGGCAGGAUAGAGACCGUGGGUUCGACCAGCUGAAGGCGCCGCUCGAAUCGGUGGUUCAAGUUCGGAUGGAGCAGAGCGGGGCUCCAGCGCUCGGGGGAGCGGCGGCGCCGUGACCGGAGUCCCGGGUGGCGCGGGGCUCUCGGCGCCUUUUGUGUGGGGCGCGCUCGGGCAGCGGGGCAGCCGGGCUCUCCGGGCUUGCUUGUUGUUUUCCACCCUGACUCGUUACCCCAGACUCUUCGCAGAUGUUAGUUCACAGUUUUUCAGCUAUGGUGAGUCCCAUCCCCGCCCCCAUCCCUGUUUCCUUAGGAAUUUUCCUCUGGAAAACCUGGGGCUGCGGGGCGGCCCGUCCUCCUCGCCCGGCUUUCCCUCAGGGAACCCCCUUUCCGUCUGCGUUGCCCUCGCUCCUCGUUAUCUCUCCCUCUCUUCCAUCCUUGAGCCGAACGCGGUCCCCCCCCAUCCCCCGCUCGACCUCUCCCGGCGCGCGGCCCUACCUCGCCGCUACUUCUCAAGGCGUGUUUCUUGCCACGUUUGUCUUUAUUUCCUCGCCUCUCCACGUGUUCCCGAGAUGUUCUCAACAUUUGAUGCUUCAUCCGGCUACAGAAAAAACGCUGCCCGGUGUGCCCCUUCUUCCCCUCGGGGUCCGGGGCUGAACCUCCGAGCGCUCGCGUUGCCUGCAAUCAACUCUGUUCGCUUGUUUUGCAAGCGAAUUGCAAUAGAGGAACCCAAGUCAGGCGUUUCUUCUGCCCUUUGGGGCUGGGGUGGAAGGGGCGGGGGCCUCCGCCCCGGGGUGCACCUCUCUCUUUUAAACCCAAGACAAGGCUGGAUCUUUCCAUUUGAAACCUUGGCUUGACGCCCCUCUCUCCCCGUCUCUAUCACAAAUCGACCUUGUCCAGAAAAAGGCUCCUCACUGAGGAAGCGGAUAAGACAGACCCCCAGCCCGCAGUUAAGACUUUCUUUAAGCUCGUAACUUAAACGUGGGCUUUCCUUACAGCCCUCGACGAAAUAUGCUUCCAUUUAAAUAGUCAUGAAAUGGUAAUAGCCUUUGAAUGGGUAUGACUGUUUUCCUCCACAUAAAUGGAACAGGGUAAACAAUAACGCCGUGGCAGGCAGGUUCAAAUGCAGGGACAGAGAAAAGGCCGCUUCUGCUGUUUAAUAUUUAGUAGGAAUUUUAAUUUUGCGUAAGGGAGGUUUCACUCCGCAGCUUAACGGGCUGUGGGCCGGGAGGCCCUUUUUCGCCUUUUCCCCCCUUUGAAAGAAACGCCUAAGGAGCGUCUCUUAUGCCCCCUCCCUGGCACAGUCGAAUUCCCUGCGUCUGGGGAAGGGCCCUUUUCACUCCCGGAGUCUUUCCUGAAAAGAACCGCCUAGGGCUCCUUUCUCGCGGCGGCCUGCGGACGGGGACGGGCCGUUUCCCACGCCGCCCUGAGCCGUGCGCUCAGUGUGGCAGCCGUAACUCGACGCCUGAUUUCUUGUUCUCUGCCCCUGCCCUCGCUCUCUUCCAGGACCGUCACGACGGCACCAGCAACGGGACGGCACGGUUGCCCCAGCUGGGCACUGUAGGUCAAUCUCCCUACACGAGCGCCCCGCCGCUGUCCCACACCCCCAAUGCCGACUUCCAGCCCCCCUACUUCCCCCCGCCCUACCAGCCUAUCUACCCCCAGUCGCAAGACCCUUACUCCCACGUCAACGACCCCUACAGCCUGAACCCACUGCACGCCCAGCCGCAGCCGCAGCACCCGGGCUGGCCCGGCCAGAGGCAGAGCCAGGAGUCUGGGCUCCUGCACGCGCACCGGGGGCUGCCCCACCAGCUGUCGGGCCUGGAUCCCCGCAGGGACUACCGGCGGCACGAGGACCUCCUGCACGGCCCCCAUGGGCUUGGCUCAGGACUCGGAGACCUCCCGAUCCACUCCUUACCUCACGCCAUCGAGGACGUUCCGCAUGUAGAAGACCCGGGUAUUAACAUCCCAGAUCAAACUGUAAUUAAGAAAGGCCCCGUGUCCCUGUCCAAGUCCAACAGCAACGCUGUCUCCGCCAUCCCCAUCAACAAGGACAACCUCUUCGGCGGCGUCGUGAACCCCAACGAAGUCUUUUGUUCAGUUCCGGGUCGUCUCUCGCUCCUCAGCUCCACCUCGAAGUACAAGGUCACGGUGGCGGAAGUACAGCGGCGCCUCUCACCGCCGGAGUGUCUCAACGCUUCGCUGCUGGGCGGAGUGCUGCGGAGGGCGAAGUCUAAAAAUGGAGGAAGAUCUUUAAGAGAAAAACUGGACAAAAUAGGAUUAAAUCUGCCGGCAGGGAGGCGUAAAGCUGCCAAUGUCACCCUGCUCACAUCACUAGUGGAGGGAGAGGCCGUCCACCUCGCCAGGGACUUUGGGUACGUGUGCGAAACUGAAUUUCCUGCCAAAGCAGUAGCUGAAUUUCUCAACCGACAACAUUCCGAUCCCAAUGAGCAAGUGACAAGAAAAAACAUGCUCCUGGCUACAAAACAGAUAUGCAAGGAGUUCACCGACCUGCUGGCUCAGGACCGAUCUCCCCUGGGGAACUCCAGGCCCAACCCCAUCCUGGAGCCCGGCAUCCAGAGCUGCUUGACCCACUUCAACCUCAUCUCCCACGGCUUCGGCAGCCCGGCGGUGUGCGCCGCGGUCACGGCCCUGCAGAACUAUCUCACCGAGGCCCUCAAGGCCAUGGACAAAAUGUACCUCAGCAACAACCCGAACAGCCACACGGACAGCAGCGCCAAAAGCAGUGACAAAGAGGAGAAACACAGAAAGUGAGGCGCUCCUCCUGCCCCGCCCCCUGCCCGCGCCGCCUCCCCGGCCCCAGCGCGCCCACCCACUCCAUCAACAUCUCCAUUGUCUCCGUCAUCUCCAUC